UAGUAGGUUGGAGGCCAUCGCAAGUAGGUUGGAGUCCAUCGCCACUACCAGAUGAGAUCUGGCCAUGUCUGGUCCAGUCAUUGAUGGGAUGUAUGGGACGCUGAGUGAAACCGAUGCGCCAAGCACCAAGGCGACGCGGUGUAUGUCCUUGAGCUGUGCCUUGGGCGCUGCGUUGGGUCUGGCCUUGGCCAAGAGCUUUCGCUUGACGCACAAGUGGGCCUACAACGCGGCCUUCAUUGGUGGCGCGACCGCAGGUGCUGCGCUGGCCACGUACUUAGCUGUUCGACUGCGGAAGGAAGCGGUCUCUGCCGCUGCUGUUUUAAUCGCGGCUGCCUUUCUAUGCGAGGGCUUUCAGCAGGUCGUCCACAACAAGUUCUGCAGCUGGCUCUUUCGUUGUGGCUGCACCUGGGAGUGGUCCGGUGGAUGGGACAACUGCAAUGUCCACAAUGCCUCUGGCCCGAAGUGCCCGUGGUGUGUGGCCAGACUGUCCCUUGCAUGGACCACUGACUGCCUGCCGCUUGCCGUCAUGCUCCUGGCCUUCAGCGAGGCGAAAAUCCGAGGGUGGGCCUGGUGGCUUCGACUGCUCUUGCCGGUGCUGAGCUUCUUCCUACUGGGGACGCUGGUGGCGCUUUGCUUCAAGUUCACCAGUGGAUAUCCCUACUUUAUCACCGGGCCUGUGCAUGGCAAAGUACCAUGAGGGGAGAAGAAGCUGGUGUGUUUGGUGUGCAACAUGUCGUGGUGGAAGGAGCUGGGUCCUGGGCAUGGUGGAAGGAGUAGACUUGGUUCGAGGGAGUUAUAGUAGCUUGGAGGAUCAAUCUUGGAGGCAGCUGGUAAUUUGGAAUUCUUGCACACAGGAACUCAAAUUGCAGAGUCAUCAGAGCUUCUCAUUCAGACUAGUUUCGUGUGACCUGAGAUUGGAGUGAGAUUCUUUGAUGCAUACUUGCCACUUUAGCUGGCUCAGCUUGAUAAAAGAGUGUCCCACUGCAACAUUUCACGUAUUUUCAUGCCUUUUCCCUGCCUGGAACAAUUUGCCGAGAUUACUUUGUGCCAAUUGUCGCAGCUCGAUAAGCACACCCCGAGGUGGUUGAAAAGAGAG